AUGUCGGACGACGAGGAUUUUAUGCAGGAGUCAGAUGAGGAGCAGUAUGAUUUCGAGUAUGAAGAAGAUGACGACGAGGAGACUGGUGAUGUCGAUAUCGAGAACAAAUAUUACAACGCGAAGCAGCUCAAGCUGUCGGACCCCGAAGAGGCGAUCGCCGAAUUUCUGAGCAUCCCGCCACUCGAAGAAGAGAAGGGAGAAUGGGGAUUCAAAGGUGUGAAGCAAGCCAUAAAGCUUGAAUUUAAGCUGGGUCAAUACGACAAGGCCGCUGAGCACUACGCCGAGCUUCUCACAUACGUCAAAUCGGCCGUUACGCGCAACUACUCCGAGAAGUCCAUCAAUAAUAUGCUCGAUUACAUCGAGAAGGGCGCAGAUGGCUCUGACGCCGUGAGAUGUAUGGAGCAAUUCUACUCUCUCACACUUCAGAGCUUCCAGAGCACAAAUAACGAGCGGCUCUGGCUCAAGACCAACAUCAAACUAGCCAAAUUGCUUCUGGACCGAAAGGAGUAUACUGCCGUAUCUAAGAAACUCCGGGAACUACACAAGACUUGCCAGCGAGAGGAUGGAACCGACGAUCCCAGUAAGGGCACUUACUCGCUCGAGAUUUAUGCUCUUGAGAUCCAAAUGUUUGCCGAGACCAAGAACAAUAAGCAGUUGAAGGCUCUAUAUCAGCGCGCUCUUAAGGUCAAGUCUGCUGUGCCUCAUCCGCGAAUCAUGGGUAUCAUCCGUGAGUGCGGUGGAAAGAUGCACAUGAGUGAGGAGAACUGGAAGGAGGCUCAAAGCGACUUUUUCGAAUCAUUUCGAAACUACGACGAGGCGGGCUCUUUACAACGAAUUCAGGUUCUCAAGUAUCUUCUGUUGACAACCAUGUUGAUGAAGUCGGACAUCAAUCCUUUCGACUCCCAAGAGACAAAGCCCUACAAGACUGACCCACGAAUUUCUGCCAUGACAGACCUAGUGGAUGCUUACCAGCGGGAUGAUGUUCACAUGUACGAGAAGGUUUUGCAGCGAAACCAGGACAUCUUGGACGACUCGUUCAUCGCCGAAAACAUUGAUGAGGUCACGCGGAAUAUGCGAACCAAGGGCGUGAUCAAGCUCAUCGCACCCUAUACCCGCAUGAAGUUAUCUUGGAUCGCGAAGCAACUCAAGAUCUCCGAGCCUGAGGUUCAAGAUAUUCUAGGUUUCCUUAUUAUCGAUGGGAAGAUCAACGGCCGAGUGAACCAACAAGAGGGGCUUUUGGAGAUUACUUCUGACGCAGAUAUCGAGCGCAUCGCAGCCCUCCAGAGCCUCACAACGUCAAUUUCCGAGCUAUUUGGCGCCGUCUUUAGAGAUGGUGAUGGUUUCCGUAACAUAGAACAUUCAGCAACAGACGAGCAAGGGAUAGACAUAUCAGGUAUCCCCACUGGGAAAGUCGGCAACAGAACUGGAGGCCAGCACCGCGGCAAGAAGGGCAAGGCGGCCGCAGCUGCAUGGGCUUGA